GCAGGCGCACGGAGGGUUCCCCAGGAGGGCCCUGGCGCGGGACGAAGUCCCUAGGCUGUCCGGGGAAAAGAGCGCAGAGGCUGCUGUUGCCAUGAGCCACCUCUUCAGUCCCCCGCUGACCGCUCUGGCCGCCUCGCCUCUGCUGUACGUGUACAGCCCCGAGAGGCCCGGGCUGCCCCUGGCCUUCUCCCCUGCCGCUGCGCUGGCCGGCCCGGGCCGGGCGGAGCCCCCGCAGAAGCCGCCCUACAGCUACAUCGCACUCAUCGCCAUGGCGAUCCAGGAUGCGCCCGAGCAGAGGGUCACACUGAAUGGCAUCUACCAGUUCAUCAUGGACCGUUUCCCCUUCUACCACGACAACCGCCAGGGCUGGCAGAACAGCAUCCGCCACAACCUGUCGCUCAACGAGUGCUUCGUGAAGGUGCCGCGUGAGAAGGGGAGGCCCGGCAAGGGUAGCUACUGGACGCUGGACCCUCGCUGCCUGGACAUGUUCGAGAACGGUAACUACCGGCGCAGGAAAAGAAAGCCCAAGCCUGCCGCUGGUUCCCCGGAGGCCAAGCGCACCCGGGCGGACCGCCGGGAGCCCGAGGUGGGCUGCAACGCAGGAUGCACGGGCCUGGCCACUGCAUGCCAGCCGCGCGCGCCGGAUCGUGGUCAGUCCCCGACGGGAGGCACCCCUCGGCCAGCGCUCCUUCCCUGGUCCAGCCCUGAGCCCUGGGACCCCGAUGCGGACCGCACAGUCCAAGGCGCGGGGGCAGUGGCGGGUGGCCAGCCUGAUAGCACCGUGCACCGCCUGGGGUCCCCUUUGCGCCCCGCCCCCAGUGGCUCCCCCAAGGGUUCCAAGUCUAAGAGCUUCAGCAUCGACAGCAUCUUGGCCGGGAGGCCAAAGCCGGCCUCAGGGGCAGAGGCCUCGGGGGUCCCAAAGCCGGUGCCGGGCUUGCUGGGCGCCUCACUGCUGGCCGCCUCCUCCGGCCUACCACCUCCUUUCAACGCUUCUCUGGUGUUCGACCCGCAUGUCCAGGGCGGCUUUUCCCAGCUGGGAAUCCCCUUCCUUUCCUAUUUCCCGCUUCAGGUCCCCGAGGCAGCGGUGCUUCGCUUCCAAUAAAGCAGAUCAACAGCUGUUUCCCCGCCCCGCGAGCCCCCACCUCCAGCGAGCAAAGGCCCUGGCAACCACUUGCCUGCGGAGAUGUCACCUUGGUCUCUGCCCUGGUAACUGAGUUUGGAGCAGCGUAAUCACACCGGCCAAACUCGGUCGCGUUGUUCUACCUUCUCCGAAGAUUGACUUAACCAGCCGCAGGGAACUUU